AACAUGGAGCCGCUGGACUCCGUCGAGGCUGAUCUGGACUCCGUCCUUGAGGUGCCGGACUCCGUCGCGCUGGACAGCAUGCAGCCGCCGGACUCCGUCGAGGUGGUGCCGGACUCCGUCGAGGAGGCGCCGGACUCUGUCGAGGAGUUGCUGGACUCCGUCGAGUCCGUUGACGACGUGGUGACCGAGUCCGUCGAAGACGUGGUGUCCACGUCCGUCGACGUUGUGCCGGAUUCCGUUGAGGACGCGCCAGACGACGACGUCGUGGUCCACUGCCCUCGCUGCGGCACGUUCCAUGCCGGCGGCGUUUUCGGCGAAGCAUGCUUCCAAGCACGGCGGAAUGCUCGCAGAUGUGCUCGUUGUGGACUUCUUCAUGAAGACUAUGAUCUGCCGGUGAGGUUUUUCCAUCUAAUGGACAAAUUUGAUUGUGAGUUCUACAUCCCUGAUGUGGAUAAACUAGUGAUGGAUGGUGAUAGAAUCUAUGUGACUGAUGAAGUUAGGAAGAAGUUGGAAGAACACAUCAAAAAACAGCAAGCUAAAACCAGUAAGGAAGAGUAGCAAGUGCUUCGGCUAGCAAUGAAGCUUCACAAGGGAUUUGCAGUGGCAGCAUAUCUUCCCUUUCUAGUCUUUCUUUGUUCAUGUGAGGAAUUUUAAACUUGUUGCAACCUUUAGCCUUCAUUGCUUCCUUCAAAACAGUUUGUAGUGUUACAAAAAUCUUGUUUGCCUUCCAUGGAGAGUACUCCAAAAAUGCCUACAAAAAAACAGUGAUCAAGAAAUUAGAUUUUUGAAGCAAACUUUGUUGUAUUGAAACUUUGGAAUGGAUGAUAAUGUACCUGUCGGACUGUUGG